CCCAAAUGCGAGAAACAAAAGAAUGGCGAGGCACGACGUCGACGAGCCGUGUCUUCGUACAGAAGGGCUAUCAAUUGUCCGAUGAGCUGGCUCUUCGAAAAGUGCAAGUGCUCGAGCGAAGAUAUGGUGGAAUGCAACUGGCUCACAGAGCAGCAACGGUUAUACAACGCGCGUGGCGCGAGUACUGUAUUAUGAAGCAGUGGAUGGUGAUUCGACAUAAACAUGAUACAAUACCAGACCACCUCGAUGCAAGAUGCGGAGUGUCAAACAGUCAGCGGAACGAGCUAUCACUAACCAGCCGAUACGCCACAAGUCUCAGCGCACAGCUCCGGAUAGACCGUGCCGCUCGUUCAACAACACUGGACAGAAGUCCGCCGUCACCGGCGCCGCCCGUCUUGGUCAAUUUGCAGAAUUCGAAUAUGAUUGACAGUCUAAUGUCACCACGGCUGGGAAAUCGUCGAUUCGGAGCUGCCGCAUCACGGUGUGCUCCGGCAGCCGCCGAGCUCACGAGCACAGAAGUCUGGCUUCCGCGCCCGUCGCUUGUCAACCACAAUCCGGCACACUCGAACUCGUUACCGCGGCUCGACAAGCACAGAGUUCAUGAACGCAGCGAGUCAUCAAACGGCAGGAAAAAAUCGGAGGUAAAGCCGCCACGACAGAUGACAGAUCAGGAGAGGAAACGGCAGUACAGGAUAGCCUUGAACUUUUUCAAUAAAAAACCCGAGCGCGGCGUCCAACUGCUCACCGCAUGGGGAUUUGUGAAAAAUUCGCCGGAUUCCCUUGCCAGCCUACUAUUCGGACGUCGUGGACUGAGCAAAUCAAUGAUUGGAGAAUAUAUUGGAACCCUACACUCACCCUAUCAUAGUCUAGUUUUAAAAUAUUUCACCGCACUAAUCGAUAUCCGAGGCCUAGAAGUGGAUGUUGCCCUACGAAAAGCCAUGCAAUUCUUCAUUCUACCCAAAGAAGCCGAAAAAAUCGAUCGGAUCAUUCAAGCGUUCGCCCUACACUACUCAAAAUCGAAUCCGAAGCGAACAUCACAUUAUCGUGGUGGCUGGGAUACAAUUCAUCUACUCUCUUUUGCGAUUAUCAUGUUAAAUACUGACCUGCACUCACCGAACGUGAAGCAACGAAUGACUCAGGCGGAUUUUGUGAAAAAUCUGAGAGGACAGGAUAAAAUAUCAGGGGAGAAAAAUGGAGAGGAUAUUGAUCGAAAAACGCUUGAAGGGAUCUAUGAUCGGAUAAAGAAGGACGAGUUGAAAGCUGGGGAUGAUCAUGUUGCACAAGUUCAAAGAGUUGAUCGGGCUAUUGUGGGAAAAGAUAAACCGCGCCUCACCGAAACGCCCCGUCGGCUCGUCUGUUACUGCCGCCUUCAACAAGUCUCCGAUCCAACAAAACGUCAAUCUUCAUCAGCUCGCGAACGUGACGUCUUCCUAUUCAAUGAUAUGAUCGUCGUGGCGAAAGGUGUUCGUCGUGGAUCCACGUCAAUGGCCGGUUGUACGUACACUCUGAAGCAGUGGACGCUUCUUCUCGGAGCACAUGUCACAGAAUUCCAGCGAGGACAGUACGAGUUUGGGCUCACAAUUACGUGCCCCAACAAGGACAAAAUUCACUUUAACGCUCGCAAUUUCGAGGAUCGGUGUCAUUUUGUGGCCGAUGUCACCGAAUCGAUUCGAGAAGCCACUGAAAUGGAGCAAGUUCGGCUGGAAAUGGAAAUGGAGCAGCAUACGACUACGACGAUUCGGCCGGAUAAUCAAAGAGAUAGUGGACUUCCUGAUAUGGAUGAAUCUAUGAAGCUUUCGAACGGAAGCAACAGCAGCGCAGGCUCCUCAAACUCUUCAACAAACGGCGUAAAUAACUCUUCAUUCCGCCGACUUUCGUUCAAUUCUCUGGAUAGUGGAGUCGUAGAAGAGCAUCUGGACGCUUGUUAACUCCGAAAUACAGUACUCCCCCGUAAAUCUACACCCCCGUCCAUAAUCCUAGUCAUAUUCUACCAAUCGAUAUCAUGCAUAAUUCUGUAUUAUUCUUACUAUAUUACUAAUCCCCUAACCCCCCAAUUCGUGUGAAUAGAGCAAAUGCGCCCCACUGUUAAAUAGGCAUGGAUUUCAAUUUUUCAUCUUGUACCACCUCCCUCCCCCCCC